CGUCACUUCACGAUUGACCGAAUCUGUUGAAUUAUCCCGCUUUUUUCAAGACAACUGAGAAGGUGAUGCAUCAUUCUGGAAUAAUUAAUUCGUCGUUUAAAUAUUGAAAUAAAAAAGGAAUUUAUUAAUCGAAAUUAUCAAGAUUUGAAAAUGGAAACACCCGACGAUCAAAUAAUCAGAAGAAGUACGCGUAAUGCUUUAUCCGAAAUUCCAACUCAUCUCGGCGUCGUGUCGAUGGCAGAUCGUGAUGGUAACGGUCGCCGAAUACUGAAUAAUAACACGCAAAAUAUAUUUUUCGCCGUGAAUGGAAAUUUCCUAGAAGGAACGAAUUUACUACCGACUACGUUUCUAAGUCCUUCGCCUUCUCCAGAUGAAAUGAUAAUACGACAACGAGGAAGAAGACGUAUUCCAGUCACAUUUAGUCCCGAUAUUGAUGAAUUGAAACGACAAAAUCGAAAUAAUCAAAAAGAUCGUACUCCUGUUAAACAACCUCCGAGUCCAGGACCUUCUAGUUCCAUCGUACUUCGAAGCACGCCUCGAAAACGACUCUUACUUUCAGACCCAACCGAAGUUGGCACUUCGUUCGAUAACUCUCCUAAGUCAAGUCCGAAGAAAAACCGAACCGAUAAUAUCGAUUCCAGUAUAGAAGGCAUUUCUGAUACUUUAAAAGCAUUCACAUCGAAUCAACUGAUAACAGUGAUUAAGAAAUUACUCAGUAAACGACCAGAAUUGGAGAAGGACUUGAUUGAAAUUAUACCAGAACCGGACUUGAGACCUUUAGAGCAACAUUUAACGUUCCUGAAGAAAAAUAUCACCAAAGCACUGCCUACUAGCAGAUUAUCUUCGAAGACUGAUGCAAUAGCGUAUCAUCGCGCAGCAUCUCAUUUAGCAGCUUUCAAAAAAGCUGUUACUGACCAGGGCCGUAGGCUGAGCGAAAGCAAACAAUGGAAUUCUGUCAUGGAUUACGUUUCAAUUGCUUGGAAAUUAGUCAGAAUGAUUCCAAUAUUUGAUAAUCCUGCUCAUAAUAUGCCUAGAAGACAAUGUUUUAAAUUUUUAGCUGCCCAAUGUUUGUUGUCCAUUAGAAACGCUAAUUUUAACGCCGAACAAUUGUUGCACUAUUUUACACGAAUGAAGAAUUUCAUUACAGACAGUGACGAAUUCAAGCAAUGUAUGAUUCAAUUAGAAAAUAAGGCUACUGUUUAGUCGAAUAAUAAUCAAGUACAAUACACGGAUAAGAUACACGUUGGCCAAAAAAAUUGCAAUUUUUCCUCGUUUAAUCACGAUGUGUGUGUGAGUGUGUUAAUUUGUAAAAUGAUAGCGUUAAUUUAUCCUUUUAUUGAAUUUUUAAUUGUUUCUUUUUUAGAUAAAUAACGAAAACGUGUAAGACAACUGUUUUUUUUUUAUACGCUGGUGAAUAAUAAUUCGAUUUCGUAUAA